GUGUAUGUGUAUAAAUACAAGAAUUUAGUGCAAAAUUGUUGUUGUUAGCUUAGAUUUUUAGCAGUUGUGUUUUUGCAAAUGCAUUUUGUGCCUGACCACAACACGUUGGCACUUUAUGCUCAAUCACAUUAGGCGCGUGUCGAUCGAAUUGGUGCGUAAUCACAAUCGUCAAGACAUUGGAUUGGCUAGGGUUUGAUGGAUGACACAUCACCAUGGGAAAGCUACUAUCAAAAAUUUUUGGCAACAAAGAGAUGCGAAUUCUCAUGCUCGGGCUGGACGCGGCGGGCAAAACAACGAUCCUGUACAGACUCAAACUAGGGCAAUCAGUUACAACGAUACCCACUGUGGGCUUCAAUGUCGAAACUGUGACGUAUCGGAAUGUCAAGUUCAAUGUGUGGGACGUUGGUGGGCAGGAUAAAAUUCGACCGCUCUGGCGGCACUACUACACAGGUACACAGGGUCUUAUUUUCGUAGUGGACUGUGCGGAUCGAGAUCGAAUAGACGAAGCGCGCACGGAACUGCAUAGGAUAAUUAACGAUAGAGAGAUGCGGGACGCCAUCAUACUGAUAUUUGCUAACAAACAGGAUCUUCCUGAUGCAAUGAAACCCCAUGAAAUCCAGGAAAAACUAGGCUUAACUAGAAUAAGAGAUCGCAAUUGGUAUGUCCAACCAUCAUGUGCCACAACCGGCGAUGGCCUUUCUGAGGGCCUCACGUGGUUAACGUCGAACCAUAAAUUAUGAGAAUCAUAAUCCAUAUUUUGUAUAUGUAUAUGGCAUGUAUUAUUCGAAGCGAAGCAAAAGCAACCAUAUUCUAUUUUAUUUAUACAACAAACACAUAACGCAAGCGCAUAGUUAAAAGCUGAAUAACGAACGUACAUAAAUUCAAAAAAACUUGUUGAAGCUGGUACACAGAAGUCAGAUAGAUAUAUAUAUAGUGAUUAUAUACAUAUACUCUCAAUUAACCACCCAAUAUUCUCACUAGUAAAAUACACAUACAAAUAAACGAAGCAUUAAAAAAUUAAAAAAAGGCAAACAGUAAAUAUGCGUAACCAAUGCGUGAAGCACAGAGACAAAAGCAGAACAGAAAUUAAAGUUAAGUAAGUUUUUCUUGUAAAUUAUAUUGAGACAUGUAAGCAAUAAGUUAAAAGCUGUUUAUUGCAACUGUUACUAUAUAUGACUUGAGCGAGGGGAACGAGUCUUAAAUAAAUAUUGUAAAUAAAAUAAAUAUUCAACUAAA